AUGAAUACUGAUCACAAAACAAAUAGUGUUAAGUAUGAGAUUGAAUCCAAUGUAGAACCUAAUGAACGCACGACACCAUUAAAAUCGGUCCGAAAGAGAUCGCGAAGGUUUCGAAUAAAGUUACGGAUGUUUUGCGUACUUCACCGACCGGUUUCACUCCGUAGCCGUUCAUAUCAUUACAUGUUUUUUGUGUUAAUCUUCUUGAGUUGCAUUGUCUUCAAUGUAUUUGACGGAUACUUUGGCGAAAAUGCACUUAUUUUGAUGUCUCUCUUUGAUUCAUGUGUUUGUGUGUUGUUAACAGUGGAACUUAUUCUUCGUUUAUGGUCUGCGGACUGCAUUCAAAGUUAUCGUGGAUUUGAUGGAAGACUUCGAUAUCUUAAGACCUAUGGUUUUAUGCGAGGACUUGACCUCAUCGGUGUCAUUACAUUUUCGGCAUUCAUUUUCAGACAAGAAUUUGAUGACAAUAUAGGAUUAAUUCUAAGACUUUUUCACAUUCUUCAAGUGUUUCAGUUAUAUAGACUUUUAUUGCCUUUAAUAAAAUUGAUGGCCAGCACUAUCUUAGACCAGUUUUUACAACUUUAUAUCGCAUUAAUAUUUGUGUCAAUAGCACUGGUAGUCAUUAGUCAAGGCGUCUAUUUAGUGGAACUGGAGGGCAAACACUCCAUAUUUGAUUCUUUUUGGUUCGGAUAUAUAACUCUUGCCACUAUUGGUUACGGAGACGUCACACCCGUCACCGAUUUGGGUCGACUAUUCACAUGUGUAUUGGCAUGUAUUGGCAUUUGUAUGUAUCAAUUACCGGCUAAUAUAUUUGGUACGGGUUUAGCCAUUAAACUAAAGGAACAACAAAAAAAUGUUUUAUUUCUAAACCCGGCCUCAAAUUUAAUCCAAAGUUUUUGGAAAUGUUAUGCAACAGACAACGAAACGAAGAUGACAUCUGUUUGGAACUUAUUGGCUAAGAAUCGGUCGAAUUUGUCUGAUUUAGACAAACAAUGCAUUUGUUUUAUUUAUAAACUUAAGUAUUUCAGUGCUCGCCGUCAGUUCAGAGCCGAACUCAGACCAAACACUUUCGGUAACGAAUCGUUAGAACAGUUGGAACUUUGGUCAACAAUAACACGUCUUGAGGCAAGACUUUCCGAUCUGAAAGACAAAACUUUUUACACGAAAAUCUAUUUGGAAGGUAUCACCAAAAAACUGGAACUAAUUCUCAAACAUUUAGAAAAAAUAUAA